UUAGGGUUUUUGUUGUGGAAGGAUAGGAUUCCGCCAUCUCGGAUCUCGGCCAUGGAUUACAACCUCGCGGCGCUGAAGCUCUUCUCCGGCGAACUGAAGGAUGCUCGUCCGUCCACCUCCUCGUCAUCAGCCGCCUCCAUUAUCUACGGAAUCCUCUUCCAGCGUGCUUGGUUGCAGGCAGGGCGUUCUAGUCUCGGGAUCUGAUGAGGGGCGCUUCCUCCUUGACGACGGCUCCGGGGUCGUCGAGCUCCUUUUCUCUGCCGAAUCCCAGCCGCAGCAGUGGAAGAUGGGGAUGUAUGUAAUGGUUGUCGGGCCAUACGUCGCAGCUCAAUCCGACGGCAUUUCCACCAUCAAGGUUCACAAAAUUGUUGACCUCUCUGAACAACCUGAUCGAGAAGCAAUGUGGAACUUGGAAGUCAUUGAGGCACAUAAAUUGUUCUACCUUACAUCACCUGAAUGACUGCAUUCGCGUGCCAUUCUACAAUACUUAGGAGCAGAAUUGUUUGUAUAUUUUCAAGCUACUCACUAUUCACUGCUUCCUGAAAUCUGUGAUGAGGGAGGAAAGUACUUGCUUUCAUUGUAGUAAUCUUCAACUCAUUAAGGAAUGUUCAAACUAAAUAAUGCUCUCAUUGUAAUCUUCAGAUGUACUGCGUUUUGAGUACCAAAUAUUUGCACUAGACGAUAGUCUUUGCUAUCUUUUUCUUCUCCCAUGUAAAAUUUAUCAGAAACUUCUAAGUAAACUAGAUUAUUUAUAUGUAAGAUAAGCUCAGCAGUUUUCUUACUGCAA